AUGGGGCGCGCACCGCGGCUCGGGCUCGUCCUGCUCGCUCCGCUGCUGCUGCUGCUGGUGUGGGUGCCGGUGCCGCCGGCGCUGGCGCAGCGCAGCUCGGGCGGUGCCGCCAGCAGCAACGGCUCGCAGAGCUUCGCCGUCGUCUCCUUCAAGUGGCACCACGUCAAGGACCCCUAUGUCAUUACGCUCUGGGUGCUGGUGGCCAGCUUGGCCAAAAUCGUUUUCCACUUGUCCCACAAAGUCACUCGGGUCGUCCCGGAGAGCGCUCUGCUGAUUGUUCUUGGUCUCUUCCUUGGUGGYAUAGUAUGGGCUGCAGACCACAUCGCCUCCUUCACCCUUACACCAACAGUGUUUUUCUUCUAUCUACUGCCCCCCAUUGUUCUGGAUGCUGGAUAUUUUAUGCCAAACAGAUUGUUUUUUGGAAAUCUUGGUUCUAUCCUUCUGUAUGCCGUCAUUGGGACAAUCUGGAAUGCUGCCACUACCGGCUUGUCGCUCUAUGGUGUCUACCUGACAGGAAUAAUGGGCCACCUAGACAUUGGACUGCUGGACUUCCUCCUGUUCGGCAGUUUGAUAGCUGCGGUGGAUCCUGUAGCUGUUCUGGCAGUGUUCGAAGAGGUCCAUGUCAACGAGGUUCUGUUCAUCAUUGUUUUUGGAGAAUCGCUUCUAAAUGAUGCUGUCACUGUGGUGCUGUACAAUGUGUUUGAAUCUUUUGUUGCAAUUGGACCAGAGAAAGUGACGGGGACUGAAUGUGUCAAAGGCAUAGUUUCAUUCUUCGUGGUGAGCCUGGGUGGCACUCUGGUUGGCAUUUUCUUUGCAUUUCUGCUAUCAUUGGUCAGUCGUUUCACCAAGCACGUUAGAAUCAUUGAACCUGGAUUCGUUUUUAUUAUUUCCUACCUGUCUUACCUCACAGCAGAAAUGCUUUCUCUUUCUGCCAUCCUUGCGAUAACCUUCUGUGGCAUCUGCUGUCAGAAAUAUGUCAAGGCUAACAUAUCUGAACAGUCUUCUACUACUGUGAGAUAUACCAUGAAAAUGCUGGCCAGUGGAGCAGAAACUAUAAUUUUCAUGUUCUUGGGAAUUUCAGCUGUAAACCCAGAUAUCUGGACCUGGAACACAGCUUUUAUACUACUGACUCUUGUCUUCAUCUCAGUAUAUAGAGUCAUUGGUGUAGUUUUACAGACUUGGAUUCUCAACCAYUACAGAAUGGUCCAGUUGGAGAUAAUAGACCAGGUGGUGAUGUCUUACGGUGGACUCCGUGGAGCAGUUGCUUUUGCUCUGGUUGCACUUCUGGACACGGACAAAGUGAGAGAGAAAAACCUGUUUGUCAGCACAACUAUCAUUGUUGUGUUUUUUACUGUUAUUUUUCAGGGUCUGACAAUCAAGCCGUUGGUGCAGUGGCUGAAAGUGAAGAAAACAGAGCAUCGAGAGCCCAAACUGAAUGAGAAACUUCAUGGCAGAGCAUUUGAUCACAUUCUUUCUGCUAUAGAAGACAUCUCUGGUCAAAUAGGACAUAAUUAUCUGAGAGAUAAGUGGUCCAAUUUUGACAGAAAAUUCCUCAGUAAAAUUCUGAUGAGAAGGUCUGCUCAAAAAUCAAGGGACCAGAUUCUUAAUGUUUUCCAUGAGCUCAACUUGAAGGACGCAAUUAGCUAUGUGGCUGAGGGAGAACGUCGAGGCUCCUUGGCUUUCAUACGGUCGCCAAGCACAGACAACAUGGUGAACGUGGACUUCAGCACCCCGCGGCCCAGCACAGUGGAGAGCUCUGUCUCCUACCUGCUGAGAGAUAAAGCUGGACCAGUUUGCCUUGACAUGCAAGCGCUGGAGCAGAGGAGGAAGAGCAUCCGAGACACAGAAGAUACAGUGGCACACCAUACCCUACAGCAGUACUUGUACAAACCCAGGCAAGAGCACAAACACCUGUACAGCCGACAUGAGAUCAUGCACAAUGAAGAUGAGAAGCAAGACAAGGAAAUUUUCCACAGGACAAUGAGGAAGCGCUUGGAGUCUUUCAAGAGUACCAAACUAGGAAUAAACCACCCCAAGAAGCUCAAUAAAAUCCACAAGCGAGACCGGGGCCAAAAACGGCGAAACAGCAGUGCCAUACCAAAUGGAAAAAUACCUUCAGAAAACCCAGUACAAGAUUUUGUUUUGAAGGAAAAAGAUUUGGAGUUUUCUGAGCCAGAAGAAAGUAAUGAUUAUGAAACUUUGCACCUCGGGAAAGGAGUUGAUUUCCUGGCUAACGUGACAAAGCAAAAUUUCACAGAUACACCKAGUGGUGAGAUGGACCACGAGGUUGAAAUGACAGAAUACUCCUCUUCAGAUGACAAAUUGCCUCCUUAUACAUCYGACCAACCAAACCAAGCACCAAAUGUUUCAGAAACUCCCCUCCACUUCUUUCCAUCUUGUCUUCAAAUGCCUUGGACACAAGCCUAUUCUUCCCUGGAAAAUAGAGGGAAUAUAUCUCUUUCUACUGUCUCUGAGUACGUAACUUCUUGUGACCCAGAUGUACCUGAUCUCUACUGGGAAGCAGAAACAGAUAUGAACAACAAAGAAACAAUAAACUCGGGUUACUGUUCGGAAGUCAGCUACGAGCCGGAGAAUUCACAGGAGGAGAGUUCUCCCUCUAUGCCCGAAGGGCUGGAAGACUCUUAUAUAAAGGAGCCCCAAGAAAAGAUAAUGUUGCUUGAUGUACAAGCAAACUACCGAUCUGCUGCAGCCAGGCGCGUGCAGAGCCGACGUUCGUUCCACAGGCCAAAACCCUUGCAGCACCCUAAGCUUCAGAAGCUAGCAUCGCUUCCAGCAUCUUGUCACAUCCCUCCACAUUCACUGGAACAAGAGGAAACCCAGCUGUGAACCGGGACUUCCCUGAAAGGAGAAGCUGAGUGAGAAUAAGUUGAAUAUAGGGCUCUGUAGAAAGAGGGAGAAACCUGUUGGUUUGCUUUCCAUCAGAAUGGUUUCUGAUGUAAAAGGGGCUGGGGCCCCAGGAUGGCAGAAGCACUGGGGCUUUCUAUUGCACUUACAUUUUUAAGUCCUCAUUCAUGCUGAAAGGGUGCAUGGUGAAGGGAAAAUACGCCUCCUUGUUAUUCUUUCAUGUAGACUGUUACAAAAAUGAAUCUUAUUUUUGGAGGGCUAAAAUAAGAAGCUUUUCGAAAGGUAAAUAUUCAGAGGAUUUUAACCUGGAAAUUACCUGGAAAUAUUUUGCCAUAUAUUCCCAGUAAAUACAUUUAAAGAAAUUGGCUGCAUUUGCUGUAUCAGUAAUGGAGUGCAGUAUUUCUGAUGUAUGAAAUUCAUAUAGGAGGAGCCAACGGCGAGCCUUUUGCCUGCUAAGUCUAUUCUCAUUGGAGUGGAUCAGUGCCUUUUUUUUUAAUUGCAAGUUAAAGAAAAAAUAUUUUCCUGCUCUUGGAUAUUAGCAUCACUGUGUAACUGUGGGAUAUUGACUUUGUGGGAAGCCUUCGGGGAUUAGGGGAGAGGAAAGUCCUGGCCUCUUGAGUUUUAGUCAAGGACUUCAGGAUGGCCAGAGUUUGACCUUUAUCUCUCCCAUUUACUGGCACUGGAAUAGAAGAACACCCAGAAUUAGAUCAGAAUUUAAGAUUUGUGUGGUCACAAGCAUCUCACUUUAUAUUCUUAAUUAAGCUGCUCAAUUUAAAUAGCAUCACUCAUGUAGAAGUGUAAAUACUUACCAUUUGUCCUGCUGCUUGUGUGUCUUCCAAAUAUUGUUAGAUCAUCUUGGUUAUUUAUAUACAACCCUCUUUCAACAGCUGAUCAGCGUAUUGGCCUCGCAGAUGCUGUUUUGUCUUUACCACAUGGUUUAAGUGCCACAAUGACUCAGGAUGUUGAUGUUUCAAAGUACUGUACAGAGGUAUUUUGGCUACUGCGUAUGUAUACACUUGUUUGUGUCAGGAAAUUGCAUUGCUAUUUUCCACUUUUCUGUUCAAUUCCAAUAGUUAGUAUUGCACUAUUAUGUAUGAAUUUGAUCUAAUUUUUGUCAAGCCAGCUGGAGACAGCAGUGAAAGCUGACUCUGAUACAGACUUAACAAAUAGAAACACUCCGAGAUCUUUCCUAGAUGUAUAAUGCUCCCUGCUGGACUGCUUCAGACAUAGACCUGUGACAUAGCUCCUUUUUUGCCUUGAGUGGCUCCAGUCCUGAAACUUUGGCUUGAACUCUUCAGUGAUAUAAAUUGSUAAGGUUCUGUGACAUUAAUGAGUGCUUAGCUGCUUCUGUGAACCUGAUGAGUACCGUAUUUCUGUUUGAGAACCAUGUACAUUUUGUAAAUGAGCUAAAUCAAGUUCAGGGAAAUAUCUGAAUUGCUUUACACUGGAUCCAGUAGAUGCUUUCUGUGGCAAAAUUUACCUUACCUAUAGGAAUUAGUGGGUACUUCACUUUCCACCUUUCCCAAAAUUUGAAAUGAAUCUGGGUCUGUGUUGUUUGUCCAAUGUUAGAGUCACCCAGGCACCCUAAAAGAGUGGAGCACUCUAUGAACAUUUGGACUCAAUGUUUUUCCCUAUCUUUGUCCUCUUUGCACAGAUGCUCAUUAGGCUAGUACAGAUUGCAGAGAUGUGAUGGCAGAUGUCUGCUAGUUUAGCUAGCUAGAUAACCUAUGCCUUUAGAGACUGGAUUCAGAGUA